ACAGAUUCUGGAAGUAGACACUUCAGGCUAUCUUUCCAUGUGUGUAUCUUAAAACCGAUUUUUUGACCGAAAAUCACCAUUUCUGAGGGGGGGGGGCCCUUAAGGCUGGUUUGAGAGAAAAAAUAUCGCUCAGCCCACCGCAGCUGAGGGUGACAGUUACGCGUUUUAGCCGACUAUCCUUAUUCGAUCUGAAAUAGGCUGAUAUAAUAUAAUCUAUAAAUAUCUAGAAUGAUAUUUUGUUCUAGUAUGUGUGGCAUCUGGCUCAAAAAUAGCAUUAUUCAAUCGUUUACGUUCACAAAAUGUUAGCACGCGUUAUUUACACGUUGAAAACAAUAAUUUUCAUGCAAGUGCACACGAAUGGGGAUCAUUUUUUAUACAUUUAAUUGAUGAUGAACAAAGUGAAUCGGAAAAAUUUAGUUGCAAAGAUGGAUUUGUGCAAUAUGGUUCAACUGUUAAACUCGUAUGUUGUGUAACUGGAUUAGCAUUACCAAGACUGAUCGUGAGAAAAGUUGAUAAAAAUCGUGUAUUAUUAGAUUCAGACGAACCUGUCUCACAACUUCAUAAAUGUGCAUUUUAUUUUAAAGAUUCUGAUUUAUUAUAUUUGUGUUUAGUACAAGAAAAAAUUGUUCAAAGUCCGGCACGAACGUGCUCAAAAGAGCCAUUACGUCAAAUAAUAAAUGAUGGCGCGUGUUGGACAAUAAUAUCGACAGAUAAAGCGGAGUAUACGUGGUAUGAAGCAAUGGGACCAUUACCAUAUCAAGUAGCACCUGUACCUGUUGCUUAUUCACUUAUUGUUAACGGUGGCGGAGAAGCAGCCAUGAUUGAAAUAACCGGUGAUAAUUUUUUUCCUCACAUUAAAGUUUGGUUCGGAGAUGUUGAAUCACCAAAUACAACUGUUCGUUGUCAACAGACUAUUAUGGCUGUUGUACCAUCAAUAUCAGAUAUUCGAUCUGAUUGGCAAUAUGCUAUGCGACAAACUCAAGUACCAAUAUCAUUUGUGAGAUGUGAUGGUGUUAUUUUUCUAACUAGUUUAACAUUUACUUAUACACCAGAGCCAGCUAAACGUCUUACAUCACCGCGUUUAUCACAAAUUAUGCAAAAUCGAUCAACAGUUGGACUUUUUAAUUCUAUUCAAAAUCGACUGCAUGAUUAUAGGGAUGAUGACGAUGAUGAUGAUGAUGAUGAUGAUCACAAUUCUUGUAAUUCAGCACCAGCAACUUCGCAAAUGUUGGAUGAACUAUCUUAA